CUGAUUUUUGUCUCCCUUCGAAUGAUUCUCUUACUAGGUAUAUGGCACGGAAUAUUAACAUUAAGGCAGUCACGGUGGUCUCAGACGCGCCGCUUGAAUCAUCUCUUAAUCCCUUUGAACAGGAACAUCCAACUCCAAAGCCAUGUCAGGUUAAUCGUUAUCACAGGAUAUUCCCAUAACACUCCUGCCGCUCACAUCGCAACACCAGGACGAUAUCGAUCGAAUCGUACUUGAAGUCGAUGACCCCUUCGUGAAGAUGAUCCUUAAAGAGGAUGAGGCUGAU